GCAGAGCCUGGGGAUGGGGCCAGGCAGUGGGUGGGAAGGCCUGGUCAGGAACAGGCUUCUCAUGGGCGCUCCCCAGGCCCUGGCUCUUCCUGGACAGCAGGCGAAUCGCACUGGAGGCCUCUUUGCUUGUCCUCUGAGCCCGGAUGAGACUGACUGCUACAGAGUGGACAUCGACCAGGGAGCUGAUGUGCAGAAGGAGAGCAAGGAGAACCAGUGGCUGGGAGUCAGUGUUCGGAGCCAGGGACCUGGGGGCAAGAUUGUUGUGAGUACUGACUGCUUCUUGUGACUGAAUGCAAGGGUG